AUGUAUCCCAUUCAUACCUCAGCAGCCAUCGCACUGGCCCUUCUCAACAACGCUCUCGCAGCACCUCAUCAAGCCCGUCAAGAGCCAUCCCUCGUGCUCGCGGAUACCUUCACCCUCGUCGCCAAGGCCUACGGCUCGAAUCCCAAUCCCUCUUCCCUCCCCAACAUCAACAACUGGAUUGCCCAACCCGUCCACGUCGGCGCAGGCAAAAACCUGUUCGUGCUGACCGACCCAUCGACGACUUAUUUAGACCUUGCUCAACCCGGUCUCUUCCGCAACGGAAGCGACUGCUGCGAAGCCGGACACCAGAUGCAUGUCACAGCUGGUCUCGUGGCUCCGAACGAGGCGCCGUACUCGAUGGUGUUCGCGACCACACACCAGGACGGAUCGAGCAAUCCGGGGGCGCAGGCGGGAUUUGUAGAGCUGAAUAUUGGCGUGGGCUCGAGUGGGAUUGAUCUAAGGGGCGGGCGGUUGGACGUCACCUACGCCUUUGACCGCUUCUAUGCGUGUCCGGAUAUUGUCGUCGAAGGGAGCAGGGGCAUUGCGGUUGGUGUGACCAAUAGAUAUGCAAGCCCGAUCCCUGGGUGCUGGCCCAUCGUGCUUUACGCCCAGUGCGCUGGGGACAUAUCGCCGGAGAAUGUAGCGGCGUUCCCUGAUUUCCGGCAGGCGAGCUGCUACGCGGAUGCUGCUUCGGCGCCCGGUCCGACGCUGGAUCCGCAGGGUCAUGUCUCUCAGCCCUCCCACCAAGCCAAAAGCAUCUGCUUAAUCCUAUCGGAAGCCCUUUUUACUUUCGCAACCAUCCCACCACACUUAGAAGCCCAGCCUCCUUUAGCAUUCAGCUCUGAUCCAUCAACUCAUAUCGCCUUAUGCUCAAGUCUAAUCAUGCUUGGCUCUCUCUUGAUCGCUUUUAAAAUCGAUAAAUGUAUUAACAAUACUCUGCUCCGAGAGGGGACGCUAUGGGAGUCUGAGCUCGGACCACUAAGCCAAGACUUGCAGCCUCGCAGCUCAGCUUCAACUUUCGCGACCAAAAGAAUCACGACUCAACUCGAAGAACAACGCACCCUAAUUCAAGCGCAUUCUCAAGACCACAUUCCCAGAUACGCCAUGUCCAAACGAACAGCCACGGAAACCCUCGAGGAUAUUGCCGGCACUGAUUCGCCCUCCUUGAAGAAAUCCCGGGUUGGCAAUUUCCACGAGCAGCACAACGGCUCCGAGCUGCCAAUUCAGCAGCGAUUCGAACAACAUACACUCUCCGAGAUCCCUCCACCGCCUCCGCCCGCGCACGACGAAGAAGAAGGAGAAGAUGAAGGAGAAGAUGAAGAGGAAGAGGAUCUGGAUAGAAGGAAAGCUCCGGUGCGACAGGAAGCGCCGAUGGAGGGUUUCGACGAUCUAUACCUCGAUACGAUCAACAGAGGGGUACUGGACUUCGAUUUCGAGAAGCUAUGCUCCAUCUCCCUGAGCAAUAUCAAUGUCUACGCGUGCCUUGUCUGCGGCAAAUACUACCAGGGGCGGGGACCGAAAUCCCACGCGUAUUUCCAUGCGCUGGAAGUCGGGCAUCAUGUGUACAUCAACAUGCAGACGCAAAAGGUGUACGUGCUGCCUGAGGGCUACGAGGUCAAGAACAAGAGUCUGGAUGACAUCAAAUUCGUCUCGGAUCCGCGGUAUUCGAAGGAGGAGGUUAUGAGUUUGGAUAGGCCGGGAGCGAAGGACAAGGCUUGGGCACUGGGUGGGAAGGAGUACAGUCCUGGAUUCGUGGGCAUGAAUAAUAUCAAGGAGAACGACUAUUUCAAUGUAGUCGUGCAGGCGCUGUCUCACGUCCCUCCGCUACGUAACUACCUGCUCUUGGAGGAUUUCAGCAAGGCUCCGGAACUGGUCAAGAGGCUAUCGAUUCUAGUGCGCAAGAUUUGGAACCCGAGAGCGUUCAAGAGCCAUGUCUCACCGCACGAACUGCUACAGGAAAUCUCGCUAAAGAGCAACAAGAAGUUCACCCUGACGACGCAAUCGGACCCGGUGGACUUCCUCUCCUGGUUCCUCAACAACCUUCAUUUGGCUCUUGGGGGCAGCAAGACGAAACCCGGUAGCAGUAUGGUCCAGCGCGUCUUCCAAGGAAAGCUCAAAGUCGAGUCCCAAGCCAUCACCGCGAAAGCCGAUGCUGGCGACCGACUGCGCUUUGAAGAAGCGGCAUCUGUACAAACCGAUGUCAAUCGCUUCAUGUUCCUGACUCUCGACCUUCCCGCGGCGCCCCUCUUCCAAGACGAGCUCGACGCAAACAUCAUCCCACAGGUCCCCUUGACGUCUAUAUUGAGCAAGUACGAUGGCCGGCAAGCGCAAGAACACCUCAACAUGCGCAAACGCUACCGCCUCCUGCAUCCCCUCCCGCCCUUCCUCCUCUUCCACGUCAAGCGCUUCUCCAAGAACAAGUUCGUCGAGGAGCGCAACCCCACCAUUGUCACCUUCGACGCGCGCAACCUCGACCUGUCGCCCUACGUGGAGCCGGAUCCCAAGGUGCACGCGAUGGGCGAGCCGAUCUGGUACGACCUCGUGGCGAACAUUGUGCACGAGGCGGUGCGGGGGAAGGAGGACGUCGAGGGGGCGGCGGGCGGCGAGGUGGGCCGGAGCUGGAAGUGCCAGCUGCUGGACAAGGCGCGGGGCGGAUGGAGCGAGAUGCAGGAUCUGUUUGUCAAGGAGGCGCCGAAGGAGCUGUUGUACUUGGGAGAGAGCUACCUGCAGGUUUGGGAGCGGAGGAGGGACGGGAAAGGGAAAGGGAGGGUUAAUGGUAAGAAGUGA